AUGAAACUCAGGAUAUCUCUCCGGUCGGUCUCAAAGGCCCUAUCAAGCACCUCAGACUCCACAGCAAGGAUCCCUCUCACAACAGCCUCCAAGGAACUGGCCUCCUUCCUCCGUGACGGACGAUCCAACAUCACAGUCCUCACCGGCGCCGGUGUCUCGACCGACUCUGCUAUCCCUGACUAUCGUGGUGAAAACGGAACCUAUACACUCAACCCAGACUACAAACCCGUCUUCUACCAGGCCUUUGUCGCCUCCGACGAGGCCAGACACCGCUACUGGGCCCGCUCCUUUCUGGGAUUUCCUCCCGUCAUGACCACAGAACCCAACCCCACCCACUACGCCCUCGCAGCCCUCCAGUCGCCUGAUGUCGUACAAGGACCCAGUCUUGAUCCGAACAACAAGGGCAACCAGGAGUCGUUAAAGUCAGGCUACAUCAGGAACUUUAUCACCCAAAACGUCGACGGAUUGCACCAAAAGGCGGGCGCCAGGAACGUCGUUGAGCUGCAUGGGACCCUGCACAGUGUCAAAUGUAUGGCAUGCGGCUCCGAGGAGGACCGAUCUGACUUUCAACAGGUCCUGGCCGAUCUCAACCCAGAGUGGAAUGACCUCCUCCAGAGCCAGAGCACCAGCCGUCUCUACACUAGAAUGAACGCCGACGGAGAUGUCGAACUCAAGACUCCCGAACAACAACAACACGAUCAACAACAUCAACAUUCGGGCAAGGACAAAGAAUUGGACUAUCGCACUUUCCAAUAUCCCACAUGUUCCUGUUGCGGUACUGGCCAGUACAAGCCCAACGUCGUGUUCUUUGGCGAGAACAUUCCAUCAGCAACAAAAGAAUUUUCAAGUCGAGCGAUUCUCGAGUCCAAUGGCCUCCUCGUCAUCGGAUCCUCCUUGGCCACCUUCUCAGCCUUCCGUCUGGUCCAGCUUGCCAAGGACACUGGCAUUCCCAUUGCCAUGAUCAAUCUCGGCCAAUCCCGGGGAGAUGCCCUCGCUAAUCUAAGGUACGACGAGAAUAGUUCGUUGUUACUCAAAGCAGUUGCUCAAGAGUUGAGUCUAGGUGAGAUUCCUGGGUAA